GGGAAUUUGAACGAGAAUCCCGAAAAUAGCAGCUGUCUCUGCAUAAUUGGAACAAAUGGAAGUUGGAUAUGCAGCAGAAUAUAAAACAAGAAAACAACUUGGAUGUAACUCGACACAUGCUGACAGUUACAAUAAUCUGGGGAGAGCUGUGCCACAGGCAAGCUGUUGUUUGUAGCCGGGCAGCUUAUAGUUUCUGUCAAACUAGUGCUGAUCUAGGAGGGUCGCAAUUAUGUGCCCCCCUACUAUUCCUCUUCCAUCCCUUCCUGCUGCCAUCCUCCCCUACUCCCUUAAAACCCCUAAGCAGCAUUUAAUUGUGAGGGGCUGAGCCGGGGAAGGAGUAAUCAGAUGAGAAUGGAGGCAAGGGGAAUCACGUGUGUGUACACUGGCUAACAGAGGAUUAAUAACAGUGGCGUCUUGAUUGAAGUUCAGCUGCUCUCCCUGGCAAAUGGGAGGUGGGGAUGAGGGGGAGAGAGAAUGUGACAGAAAGGGGAGGAAAAGAGGGUAAAAAAAGAGUUGUAAAGAAAGAGGACGCACAGCGUUCUCAGAUGAGAGCAGAGAGAUACAGAGAAAAGAGACAGAAAUGGGGAGAGAAGAGGGAAAUAGAGAAAGGGAGUUAGAGCAGUGAGACAGUGAGAGGGAGUGGGAGGAAGAAAGAGCGAGGAUAGGAGGCAGCCCAGCGCAGUGUGGAGGGGGAGAGAGAGUGAGAUGUAGAGACAGGAAGCCUCCACUGCUACUAAACCAGUGAGACGCAGGCAGGCAGAGAGAGAAGACGGAGAGAGAGAGAGAGAGAGAGAGGCCCUUGGCGUCUCCAAGGCCGGCCCAAUGAGGGGGUGAGGGGCUCAAGGGUAAUUCAAAAGGGAGGAUAGUGGGAGGAGAAGCAGAAACGGAGGGAGAAAAAGAAGAGAGAAAAAAGGCAGGGCAAUAAAAUCAGAAACAGGCUUCAGCAGGGAAACGGGAGUGGGUGGGUGGGAUCUGAGAUGAGGAGGAAAAAAAGCUGAUAAAAGUUUUGGAGACAGAGUCGGAGAGAGAGAGGGAAUGGGACAAGAGACUCAAGAUAGAGCGGAUUGAGUCUGUUAAUGGAAAAGGUAGGAGGGGAUUCAUGGAAAAAGAGGAGGAAGCGCUCUGUGUCUCAGGAGUCCUCCUAUUCCUCUUCUGCUUCUUCUUCCUUCUGUGAGGUUGCUGGACAUCAUCCAUCACCAUGUUCUCUGACAGCAGGACUCCAGCGCCUGUGGAGCAGAAAGGCUUCAAGCCCCACGCCCCUCACUUCAUUCCAUGGCUGCGCAAUAGUCUUAAACCACACCACAGCAGUGACCUGGGGCUCAAUGGACCAUACAAAUCCAGCUCAGAGGCCCGCAACAACCUGACGCCGCUGGAAAGAGCCAAAGGGAUCGGGUUCUUCUCCAUCCAAGGAAGGAACCGGGCAAAGAAAGGGGAGGUUCAGUGCAAUGGCGUAGGGAUGGCGAGAAUGCUGCCAGUGGUGCUGCGUGGGCAUCAUAUACUGCCUGGGAGUCUGGGAAAGCAGAGGGAGGACAGUCCUGGCAGUCCUGCCAGGUGUAACCAGUCUCCAGAGCCGGAUCCCCCAACCAACAUGGAGAGCAGUCCGGGGGACAAGCCGCAUGGUCUGAGCAACAGCUCCACCUCUGCCCAGGACAACCACACCUUUGUUAGGAACCACGGCAGCCACCUGAGCACCCUUCAGUCGGAGAAUGAGGGGACCAGCACCUCAGUCAGGAAAUAUGGGCCACUAGUGAGACACCCUCCUCUUCCUGUUUCUGGACUGCUCAUUGAGGAACCAAACUGUGAGGUGCCUGUUGUGGUGGACAUUAAGGACAGGAGGGGGAAGGUUUGGGACUAUGCCAGCAGUACAACCCAACGCAAGAAAGACCUCCAUUCAUCCAGCUGGGUGUGCUCUGACACUCAGGGACUAACAGAAAGUCAGCAUGGCUUCCCCACCAGCUUCAGCUACAACAAACAACAGAGCAGGAACUCCCAGAGCCAGAGAGACCUGAGGGAACCACCUGUUGAGGGUUUCAACGGUCCCCUAAAUGGAGUCAUCUUCUCCACUGAGGUUCCUCAGAGAGGCCUGGGCUGCACCACAACACUACGACACACCAGGAAAGCUAGACCAAGCUUGGAGCGUAUUGCAGCCCUGGGCCAGAAUCAGACAUGGAUCCAAUACAGGUCGACCAAUGAAGGGGAGCCACAGAGGAAGGAAUCAGGCUGCAGCAGGAAGGUGGUCCGAAACCAGAUUAAACGGGUGAUGGACAACCUGGAGCAUGUUCUUACAGCACUGAGGGACGUUCACCAGGAAAUGAAAGAGGUGGUGCAGCAGAUUGACCAUCUAACCUCGUCCAUUGAUCUGAAUAUGGAGGAGCAGCAGGGGAAUGAAAGAGGUGACAGCGUCAACCCUCCCAGCAACAGCAGCUCCAGUUCAGGUUCCAGCUCCAGUGAAGUGACAUUAGGCAGCACCCAUCACUGGCCCUCAGACCCUGGAGACCAGCCAGGAACCACAGACUCAUUUGGCACCCUAAGGAGAGAUCAUCACGAGUGUCACUUUCCACCAAAUAUGCUGCUGUGCCCGGUAAGCUCUGGGUUUUCAUCAGAGAGGAGUCAAACUCUUCGGUUCACCUGCAGUCUGCUGUCUUCUCAUGGACAAGGUGGACCGUUCCAGUACAACACUAGUCUCCCUUUAUCCAAUCCACCACAAAACCUCACCUCCCAUGAUCUUACUUUGUCUCCCCGAAGAAGCCUCCCUGUUCGGCCUCCCACUCCUGGUCUCUCCCCUCUAACAGUAAACCUCCAUCACCCCAACAGCCCUGGUUCUCGGCCUCAUUCCCCUAUUCCUUCCUCCUCCAUCAGGGUCAGCCCUGUGUCCUCUCUGUCUGCCAGGCCUCAGCCACCCCCCACUCUUAGCCCUUCUGUCAUCAUAGAGAACAAGGUUGGGUCUCAUCAGACCCCACAAAGUGACACCCCAUCUGCCUAUUUGCUCUCUCCAUCAUUGACCCAGCCUCUGUCUGCAAGCUGCCCACCCACAAACUCAGAAACUCAAACUGUGUCCAACAAUGACAGAGAGAGGCAAUCAUCCUCAGCAGGACCCGUUCACAGACCUUCACAGGUGUGCUCUGCCCCUGCAACCACAGCUAAACCACCAACAGCACAAGGCAGCAGGGGUCGCAAGCCUCCUCCGUACCCCCACCACAGACCCUCUGAACACACAAAGAAGGUGAAAGAACCCCGCAAAGCUCCUCCAUACCCUGAGAAAAGAAGGCUUCUCUCAACUACUGUGUGAGACAAUGCAGCGGGAGGGGGAGGCUGAUCGAACAGAGCCACAUUCACAGCACCAGCCGCUAGAGUGGAGAGUGAUUUAAGCACGUAAAGAUGAGCUGAGGCCGAGUUUCCAAGGUGACAGAAUGCAAACGAAACUUGGGCAUCUGGAUGUGGUUACUUCCUGUUGUGACCCCAGAGGGAGGACGGUGACAAAGGGACACACUAACGUCCCCAGCUGAGCAUUUCCUCAACUCCAGAGGAUCAUCUCUAGACAGAUGAGAGGAGCCAAACCCAGACCAAACAAGGUACGAAUCUCAGUGAGUAAUCCGACCACAGAAUCAAAUCAGCACAAUCCUCUAAUCUGAAAUCAAUCCCCAGAACUCAUCUUGUGGACACUUGUGAGGAAUAUAAAGGCAAUCCUACUCGCUACAUAAGGGAGCACUUCUAAAACCUGCACAAUGCCCUCGCUGAUCCAUCCAUGUGCCACUGAAAGAUGCUAGCAGACAGUUAAAAAAAAACAAAAAGGCCCAGGAACAUGUGAUGGCAGCUUCUGCAGGCCUUCAAUGUGUAUUUUUGGGGGGUACAUCUCACAGUGUAAUUGUGAAGUCACUGAAAUAUCAUGAAAUCAGAAAAGACAAAUAAGUGAAUAGUUGUGUAUUUUUGCUUCAGGUGCCUUAUUUAAAUGAUCAAGAUUAAGGUACUUUCAAAU